UAUAUACAUCAGUUUGUUAUGCUUACUUAAAUGCGGUAUUUGACACCAACACACGUAUCGAUUAAAAAAAAAUCUUUGGUUUUUUAGGGUUCGAAUUGUCUCAAUGCCGAAAUAACCCAGAAUCUGCUGUUUCAUUCCACGCGGGUGUUUUUGCGCGCGAACUUCUAUACAUGCUUUAAUUAAAGGAUUUUCUUUACGUUUUCUGAGAAUGUUGAGGAGAAGAUCAAAGAAGAUUAAACUUAAAGAGGACCAAGCAUUACUUCUUCUAACAGAAGAGAAGGAGAGAGAAAGGUUUAGGGUGUCAUUCAUAGACAAAUACAUAGGGCAUGGUGUAUUCACCCUAGAAAAUUGUGAUGCUGGAGAACUUCUACUUGAAUACAGAGGAAAGCUAAGACAGAAUAAUCAUGAGACUGAUAUUCAAGAUACAACAUUUUUAUACUAUUUUGAACAUGAAAGGAAAAGUUACUUCAUUGAUGCUACAAAUAACUCUUCCAUAGCUCGCAUGGCUAAUGAUAUUGACUAUGCCACAAAGGCCAAUUGUAAAAUGAAAAAAGUUGUUGUAAAUGGUGUUCCUAGACUUGGGUUAUUUGCUUUGAAUGAAAUAAGUAAAGGAACAGAACUGAGAUAUGACUAUGGAGAUAAACUUGCCCCAUGGAGAAAACAACAGAAGAAUCAUAUGAGACCUGCCCUGUACAGACAACCAAGAAGUCCAAAAAGGGAACAUCAUUUUGUUUGCUCAGGCAGUAUACAAACAAAGGAUCAGUUAAAGCAUCUUGUUUCAAAGUUUGGUGGACGUUACAUGGAAGAAUUUGAUAACACAGUUACACAUGUAAUAAUGGAAACAAAAGAAAGAGGCUGUCGCAUUUGUUCACAGACAUUAAAACUUUUCCUGGGGAUUGCACACCACUGUUGGAUACUUGAUUAUGAGUACAUAUAUAAAUCAAUAGAAGCCGGAUACUACCUACCUGAGGAUGAGUAUGAAAUUAUGGGAAGUGAAGAUAUACCUAGUUGUUCAGGACCAGCUAUAUCUCGACAGACGAUGACCCCUAUUUUACGAGGGUACAGUUUUAAAUUCAGUGGUGAGAGUAAAGAUUUAUCAAAAGAUGUGGCUGAAGAUAUUGUGUUAGCACUUGGGGGACAGAUAGGAGGAGGAGAUGCUCAAACAAUUUCCUUAGACGAGAAUGGAGGUCAGAACACUGUGUCCAGAGAUUGGCUUUUUGACAUGUUAUGUUUCUACCAGUAUUUGGAGCCAGAAAGUUACAUUCAUAAGAAUUCUAGUGACAGGAAUACCUUUAAAGGUGAGGAACAAUCAGAGAUUGAUACUGAACAAUCUUUCACUCAUAAUAUAGUCAACAGGAACAUCAUUUCCAAACAAUUAGAUACAGGUACAGAAGCAAUGGAUACACAGAACUUGUUAAUUAUGAACUUAAAGGCUCCGGAAGUACCAAUAAUAGGGACAGAAAUCUUGGUUGCACAGAAAUUGGUAGAUUUAGAUACAGAACAAUUCGUUUCACCAAUCUUGAGCACAGAAGAACAAUAUGAUUUAGAUACCGAACAAUCUGUGAAACAGGAAUUAGAUGAUGGGAACUUGAAGGCUAAAGAACAAUUGGAUAUAAAAACAGAAAAAUAUUUUACUCAGAAUAUUGCAAGUAUGAACUUGAAUGCUAGAGAACAAUCAAAUACAGAAGGAUCACAAGCACAGAAUAUGGAUACUGAAAGUCAUUUUGAGGAACAAUCAUUAACUGACACUGAACUGUCAGAUGUAUCAAAUUUAGAUAGCUCUUAUUUUGAUGACUCUAAUGAUGAAGAUUAUUUUCCAUCACAAGUAAGUGAAAAUGAAUACGAUUUCAGUGAAAGUGAAAGCACAAUCUACCCUGUACAAAAUUAUGGCUUCAAUAAAAUUGUUAUAUCUCCUAAACAUGACAACAAUAACUGUGAAAGUGAUGAAUCAACAACACAAGUGCUAGACAUUGACAAAGUAAACAAUCCUAUUCCAACCCUCUCUGUAAGAGACAUACAAUGUGAUGAGACUGAAAUAGGGGUUAAUAUAGAACAUCAAACAGUAAAAAUUGCUAUAAGUAAAAAGACAAAAGAUGGGAAAAGAGUUUGGGAUAAAAAGCAUGCUUGUACAUAUUGCAAAAAACAGUACCCAAAACUUGCUAGGCAUUUAGAACAAGUUCAUGCAAAUGAAAUAGAUGUUCAAAGAGCAUUAGCUUUCAAUAAAAAUUCCAAGGAAAGGAAAGAAGUCUGGAGGGAAAUCAUGAAUAGGGGUGAUUUUGAACAUAAUGUUGAUGUUCUUGAGAAACAGCAAGGUGAAAUAAUACCAUUUAAACGUCCAUCUAGGCAAGUAGACGGACUAAAGUAUGUACAAUGUGCAACCUGUUUCGGAACAUUUAGAAGCAGUGUGUUAUGGAGACAUGUCAAGAAUAGUCAUCCUGAAAGUGUUAAGAAAACAACAAAACUUAAAAAACAUCACCAAGUGUCAAGUGCAGCUUUAUUACCGGUGGCAGGUGUAGUUGCAGACAAAUUUCGAGACUUCAUAUUGAACAGAAUGGCAAAUGAUAAAGUAUCAUUAGUUGCCAGAAAUGAUAAUGAUAUUGUCAGAUUUGGACAAAAAAUGUUUCAAAAGACUGCCACUAACCAUCAUCAGAACCAGUAUGUUAGGCAAAAGAUGAGAGAACUUGCAAGAUUCCUUGUCUCUGUCAGAGCUAUUGAUAACACAGUGACAACAUUAAGGGACUGCAUUAACAGUAUUAAAUUUUCUGCAUGUGUAAAGGCAGUUAAGGAAUUGUGUGAAUACAACGAAGAUGAUUUUACAUUUAAGAUACCUUCACUAGCAAAAAAAAUUGGCCACUCCUUACAUAAAGUAGCACGGCAAGUAAGGACUGAAGCAGCAAAGACGGGAGAUGGUGAAUUGAGAAGACAAGCAAAAUCUUUUAUUGAAGUCUACAUAGAAGACUGGGAGACAGAAAUAAGUCACUUUGCUCUUCAGACCCUGGAAACUGAAAAGUACAACAAGCCAAAAAGAAUUCCAUUGGCUCAAGACUUGAAAGCUUUAACAACUUACCUUAAAAAGGAAGCAGCAAUUUUGUUGGACUUAUUUGACUCAGAUCAAGCCUCUGAUACAGAAUGGAGAGAACUCUGCAAAGUAACUCUUGCAGAAACUGUUCUUUUUAAUAAAAGGAGAUCAGGAGAAGCUGAGAGAUUAGAAGUAAAACAAUACUUAGAUGGAAUUCAGCAUGGGAAAAACAGCCAAGAGGAGGUACUACAAUCCCUUUCUCCUUUGGAGAAGAAACUAUCUGAAAUUGUCGAUAGGAUAGAAAUUAGAGGCAAACGAGGAAGAAAAGUUGCAAUAUUAGUCCAUCACAAUUUAAGAAAGCAGCUUGACACUCUGGUAAAGAAUCGAACUCUAGGCUGCAUUGAUGAAAGCAAUAAGUAUGUGUUUGCUAGACCAGGAGAUGCUGAAUUCCCAAUGAGGGCUGCAGAUGUUCUUAGGAAGUAUGCAAAUGAGUGUGGAGCUAAACAACCAGAACUUCUCAACUCUACCUCAUUUCGGAAACAUAUAGCUGUCAUUGUUCAGAUGCUUAAUUUAAAGGAUAAUGAACUAGAUGUUUUAGCUGACUUCCUAGGUCAUGACAUUAGAGUUCACAGAGAGUUUUACAGGCUUCCACAAGACACAAUGCAGGUCGCAAAAAUCAGUAAAAUACUUCUAGAGAUGGAAAAAGGCAACAUACAACAAUAUAAAGGAAAGAGCCUAGAUGAAAUCGAGUUUGAUUUAGAAGAAACUCUAGAGCCAGAACAAGUAAGUGAUGAUGAUGGUGAUGAAAAAGACAUAAAUAUGACCACACCAACAACAAGUAAUACAACUAUCCCUAAACCAACAAAUGAGAGAGUAAAAAUUUCUGGAAAACGUAAAAUGUGGACAUCAUCAGAGGAAGCUUCGGUUAAAAAACAUCUGGGAAAAUUUUUAUACCAAGAUAAACUUCCCGGGAAGAACGAAAUAGAGAAAAUCAGAAAAGAAGAUCCAAUUCUUUCACAAAGACCAUGGAUCCAAAUUAAAAGUUAUAUAAAAAACAAAAAAGUCUCUAUGAAAAAAAAAACUAGAGAAGUAAAUUUCACUUGUGGUUAAUGAAUUGAGUCGUUAUCCCCCGCCAAUGGAAUUGGAAGGGGGAUAUUGUUUUGGCAUUGUCCGUCCGUCCGUCCGAAUUUCGUUUCCCGAAUAGUUCUCUGCAACUAUUUGUUGAAAUUCAACGAAACUUUAUGAGAAUCAUCAAUAUCAAGAGGAGAUGCGCAUAUCAUCAGCUUGUUCUGGUCAGACCCUUUAAAUUAGAGUAAAGGCCCUUGAUUAGUUAUGCAAUACGCAUAUAGAGUAAAAAUCGUUUCCGGACUAGUUCUCUGCAACUACUGGCUUGAAUUCAACGAAACUUUAUGGGAAUCAUCAAUAUCAAGAGGAGAUGCACAUUUCAUCAGCUUGUUCCUGUAAGACCCUUUAACUCAGAGUUAUGGCUCUUGAUUAGUUAUGCAGUAUGCAUAUAGAUUAAAAAUUGUUUCCGCACUACUUCUCUGCUACUUCUGGCUGUAAUUCAAUGAAACUUUAUGGGAACCUUCAAUACCAAGAGGAGAUGAGCAUAUCAUGCCUUGUUCCGGUCAGACACUUUAACUCAGAGUUUUGGCCAUUGAUUAGUUAUGCAGUAUGCAUAUAGAACAAUAUUCGUUUCUGGGCUACUUCUCUGCAACUUCUGGCUAGAAUUCAAUGUAACUUUAUGGGAACAUUCAAUAUCAAGAGGAGAUGUGCAUAUCAUCAGCUUGUUCAGGUCCGACCCAUUAAUUAAGAGUUAUUGCCCUUGAAUAGUUACACAGUAUGCAUAUAGAGUAAAAAUCGUUUCCGCCCUUCUUCUCUGCAACUACUGGCUGGAAUUCAACAAAAUUUUAUGGUAACCUUCAAUACCAAGAGGAGAUGCGCAUAUCUUCAGCUUGUUCUAGUCAGAUACUUUACCACAUAGUUUUAGGCCUUGAUUAGUUGUGCAGUAAGCAUAUAGAACAAUAUUCAUUUCUGCGCUUGAUAGAUAUAUAAAUAAAGCCUUAUGUCUUCAGUUGUUGUGUUAGUAAUAAACAGUACUCGGCGGGGGAUAUAAAUUAAACGAAUUUGCUUGUUAGUUCACAAAAUGUGUUGUUCACAGGAUUUUUUUUGCCCGAAAUUCUUUCGGGCAUACUAUGUUAUACCCCCUGGUGUCCGUCUGUCUGUCCAUCCAUCGGUCUGUUAGCAAUUUGGUUUCCAGAGCAUAACUUAAGUUCUAUUUGGCCCACAAUAUUCAAACUUCAUAGGAUGAUUGUCCAUAUUGGGUAGAACACCCAUAUCGGUUUUGGGGUCACAAGGUCAAAGGUCAAGGUCACUAUUACCUUAACACAGAAAACGGUUUCCGGAGCAUAACUUAAGUGCCAUUUAGCCCACAAGAUUCAAACUUCAUAGGAUGAUUGUCCAUAUUUGGUAGAAGACCCCUAUUGAUUUUGGGGCCACACGGUCAAGGUCACUAUUACCUUGACACUGAAAACGGUUUCCAGAGCAUAAUUUAAGUUCCAUUUGGCCCACAAUAUUCAAACGUCAUAGGAUGAUUGUCCAUAUUAGGUUAAAGCCCCUAUUCAUUUUGGGGUAAUUUUAUAUGCCCUAAUAUAUAUCCAUGGCGUCUUUCUGUCCGUCUCUUGUAGUAAAAUUAUUGAAGUCCCAUGUCUUACAAAUGCUUCAUCCUUACUAAAAAAAGUCACUUUCGGGCAUAUAAUGCUCCGCCUAGCGGUGCUCUUGUUUUUGUUGUGUGUAACCUCAAUCUGGAAUUAGCACAAUUUUGUGCUUCAUGUGAAAUUUCUUGUAGGCAGGAGGUUUGUUACUCUGUUAUAAUUUUUUGUUUAUGUAAUACUGACAUGACAUGUAUCAUUGCCAAGUAUAUUUCUACAAAAGCUAUCUAAAUUAUGAACCUGGCUCUACAAUGGGCUGCUUACUUUAUGUAGAUUUAAAGUGACAUUAUGCUCAUCCAAGGUGAGUGAAGGGUGAAGAACAAAAUAAGUUUUCAUUUUUGUCAUAAUUCCUUUUCACGUAACCAGUAAAUAACUCACAGAUCCAAACGAAAUUUCUGUUAAAAUCCAUUAGUUUAUAAAAAGAGUGGGGCAGUCUUUUUAUAUUUUAGGCAGAUUUAUAAUUUUAUCUUUAACAUUUUCCAAUAUCAACUGUUGGUCCAACACCAUUUUGACAAUAAAUUUUUUGAAAUAUAAAGUAAAUUCAGCUCAACUUGACUUUGAAAAUAUGAGCAUAAUGUCACUUUAAAGUAAACAUCUCUUAAAAUUUAAAUUAGACUAUAGAUAUUUUGUUUGAAGCAUCACGUUGUAAGUAAUGUACUCGGGGGUUAAAAUUAGCUGUACCCCAUGGGUCAUUCCUCUACUAAAUUUAAAGAAAUCAAAGUUGUGUAUAAAUUAUGGCCAGUUAUAUGUUGGCGUGCCGUUAAAAUCCAAACAAAACAAAAACAAAUGAGCCGCGUCACGACAAAACCAACAUAAUGUGUUUGCGACCAGCGUGGAUCCAGACCAGCCUGCGCAUCCGCGCAGUCUGAUCAGGAUCCAUGCUGUUCGCUAACAAACCCUAUAGCAAGUAGAGAAACUGAUAGCGAACAGCAUGGAUCCUGAUCAGACUGCGCAGAUGUGCAGGCUGGUCUGGAUCCAUGUUGGUCGCAAACCCAUUAUGUUGGUUUUGUCGUGAUGCGGCUCAAAUUAAUUUAUCACAAUUUGUUUAUAUUCUAUAGAUUUUGAUAUACUAUAACAUGUAUAGUAAACGUGUUAAGCAUUGUUUGUGAAAAACUUAAAUGUUUUCAAAUAUUUUAUGAAUUGUGCAGCUAUACAAAUAACUUACAUUUGUUUGAAAAUUUUGCAGUGUAUCUCAGUUGCGCUAUCCCUUGUUCUUUUGUAGUUUAACCCUUAAUAUUUUAAAUGGACUUUCCCGUUUUUAAAUCUGGACACAAGCAUUGAUCAUUUUUAGGGAAAAAUUGAGUAUUAACUGAAUGAAUAGAGAACAGUGCAGACCAUGAUAAGUAGACAUGGAUGUGCCGGCUGAUCUUGGUAUGAACAGGUUGCAUGGGUAGAUUCUGUGGCCGACUGCAGGCUAAAGGUUAAUUUGAUUGCCUUUGUAAAAAGAAAAAGUGUUGCCCUUUCAAGUGGUAGAUUUUUGUUAUGAUUAACCUAUCUAAAAUAUCAAAUGAUUCAUUCUUUAUGAAAAAUGCAAUUGUUAUCAUGUUCAAUUAGUGUUGAUAAAUACUUAAUUAAUGUCACGAAAUAUUUUGUUUCAAACAAGACAUUUCAUGGUCACCUGAGCACAACAUGCUCAUUUCAUUAUGUAUAUAUCUAGCUCACCUGAGCAUGCUCAUAGUAAGCUAUUAUGAUCCCCCAGUGUCUGUCCUUGUGAGAUGUCAUAUUAUUGCUUUAAAAAGCAUCUCUAAAAACCAAGACUGCACAUUAACUACACUAUAGGAAUAAUCCUUGGGUGGCCCUUUUCAAAGUUGUUCAGUUGGUUCUCGUUUGUUACAUAUGUAGGUUAAGGGGGCCAGAAAAGAAAUGUCAAAAUGCAUAUUUAAUGAAUAUUUUUGUCUGAAACUACAUGCCCUGGGCUUUGAUAUUUGAAAUCUAUCAUCGGAAGGUUCUUUACCAAAGUUGCCCUUAGUGCCAAAAUUGGCCCUACCCCUAGGAGUCUUAUUCGGGGUCAUUUAUUUUUGUUAUGUACAUGUCAUAUAACUCGAUCUUUGAUAUUUGGUUUAUGAUAUCUAUAGGUCUUCUACAGCUGUUCAGAUUUUGCCUCUAGUGUCCAAAUUAGCCUUUCCCUGACCUUACCCUAAGGAUAACUUCAUUUUUUUAGACUUUAAUAGAUAAACACAUUUAAGCCUUAUUUUCUCUAACUUAAAUGCACAAAGCUAAAAUAUUUGGCAUGUGAUAUUGCUUAAUGAACCACUGGAAAAUGUAUCUAAAUCAUGUCCGUCAGGUCAAAAUUUCCCCUGCUCAAGGGGGGAUGAGGGCAUGAUUAUAUUCACCGGCAAGGCAAAAAGGUAUCUUCAUGUCUAACUGUAUCUAGAGCUUAAAUAUUGGAUGAUUGACAUUGCCUUAUGAGCUUAUACAAAAGAAAAUUAUAAUGCCGCAUGAGUUAACAUUGGCCUUGCCAUAGGGGUCAUUUGAUUAAUAUAGAAUUGUGUUAACUUGUUUCAAUACAUAUUAAACUAUAAUAGGUAAACUUUAUAUAUGGAUUCACCUGGACAAGUAGUCAUGACGAGUAGAUGACCCCUAUUGAUUUUGAGGUCACCAGGUCAAAGGUCAAGGUCACAGGGGCCUUGACUUCAAAAAGCUUGUCCCCCCAAAAACUUAAGAUUCCUUUGACCCACUGUCUUCAUAUUUGGCAUGGAGGUUAGUCAUGACGAGUAGAUGACCCCUAUUGAUUUUGAGGCCACCAGGUCAAAGGUCAAGGUCACAGGGGCCUUGACUUCAAAAAGCUUGUCCUCCCAAAAACUUAAGAUUCCUUUGACCCACUGUCUUCAUAUUUGGCAUGGAGGUUAGUCAUGACGAGUAGAUGACCCCUAUUGAUUUUGAGGCCACCAGGUCAAAGGUCAAGGUCACAGGGGCUUUGACUUCAAAAAGGUUGUCCGUCCAAUAACUUAAGAUUCCUUUGACCCACAGUCUUCAUAUUUGGCGUGGAGGUUAGUCAUGAUGAGUAGAUGACCCGUAUUGAUUUUGAGGUCACCAGGUCAAAGGUCAAGGUCACAGGUGCAUUGACUUCAAAAAGCUUGUCCGCCCAAUAACUUAAGAUUCCUUUGACCCACAGUCUUCAUAUUUGGCAUGGAGGUUAGUCAUGACGAUUAGAUGACCCCUAUUGAUUUUGAGGCCACCAGGUCAAAGGUCAAGGUCACAGGGGCCUUGACUUCAAAAAGGUUGUCCGUCCAAUAUCUUAAGAUUCCUAUGAC